AAAUAACAAGAGAAUGAAAACUAUGGUGACUCUCAGCCAUGAAGACACUUGUCCUCCUCUCUGUCCUUGCCCUGCUGGCCUUCCAGGCCCAGGCUGAUCCUCUCCCGGAAGCAGCUGAGGAGACUAAAACUGACGAGCAGCCAGGGGUAGAGGACCAGGAUGUGUCCAUCUCCUUUGGGGACCCAGAAGACUCAGCUCUUCAAGAUGGAGCCACAAGAAGUGUGAGCUGCUACUGUAGAAAGAAAUCCUGCAAACAUUUUGAACAAGUCUCUGGAUUCUGCAACAAAUGGCCAGCUCGGACCAGAGAGAAGGUCACCAUGUGCUCUGAGACCUCUCACCUCAUUACCCUCAUUAGCAAGCGGCAGAGAGGCACAGCGUCCAGAUGCGGCAGAGAGGCUUGGCAAUCAGGAAUAGGCUUUGGGGGACCGGCGCGGCGGCUAACACAAGAAGCGGGGACCAACGAGGCGGCAGAUGCAAGCAGCGGGACAGACGCGCAAUAA